AAUGAAGUCUUAAGCAAACCUCAUCGUCACACUCUUCUAUCUUCACCAAUGUCUAAGCCAAGUAAUGGACUGACCCUUCUGGUUAGGUUGGAGGGUAAGGUGGCACUUAUAACUGGAGCUGCUAGUGGGAUUGGCGAGGAGGCGGCGAGAUUAUUUGCUGAAAAUGGCGCCUCUGUUGUCAUUGCCGAUAUCCAAGAUGAAUUGGGGCAUAAAGUGGUGGAAUCAAUCGGCGGAGAAAGAAUAUGUUACCGCCACUGUGACGUUAGAGAUGAGAAGCAAGUGGAGGAGACGGUGAACUACACGGUGGAGAAGUACGGAAAACUGGAUGUUCUGUUCAGCAAUGCUGGAGUCAUAGGGGUAAGUAACAGCAUCUUGGAAUUCGAUCUCGACGCCUUCGACACAAUCAUGGCCACCAAUGUCCGGGGCGUCGCCGCCACUAUCAAGCACGCCGCUCGCGCCAUGGUGGCCCAAAACAUACGGGGUUCGAUCAUAUGCACCGCCAGUAUGGCGUCACUAAUUGGAGGGGCGGGACCCCACGCAUACACCGUAUCCAAGCACGCCCUGGUGGGUCUGGUACGAACCGUCUGCGGCGACCUCGGAGCCCACGGGAUCAGAGUGAAUUGCAUUUCCCCGUACGGGGUUGCGACGCCGCUUGCUUGCGCGGCUUACAAUUUGACGCCGAGUGAACUAGAGGCAAAUUGCUGCGCCACCGCCAACUUGAAGGGCAUUACGUUGAAGGCCGGGCAUGUGGCGGAGGCGGCGUUGUUUCUUGCUUCAGAUGAAUCUGCUUACGUCAGCGGGCAGAACUUGGCGCUUGAUGGCGGCUUGACGGUGGUUAAUCAGAGAUUCUCAGCAUAGAAUAAAAUAAAAGAGAUGAAUUUUG